UCAACAGGCUGCAGCUUGACUUUUGACACUUGAUGUUGACAUUUGGUCGAUCGCCCCUGAAGCCAAUAAUUUCUCGCGGUUUUAAAUUGUGUGCAUGUAAAAGAUCACCGUAAAAUUUUGUAUAACAAGGAGUCGACGAUUAUCAAAUUGUAAUGACUGUUUGGAGAAUAAAUAUACACUGCUAGCGCAUUGAGAAUUUGUCUACACGUCUGGAAUAGUUCAUAGAUUAACGGUAAUGGCUGAGGAGACGGUACGAAUAAAGCAAGAACCGCUAGAGACAAUCUACGCUGCGGAAAUAGACGAAUUUGAUGCUGACACCUUCACAACUAGCAGCGGCAGAAGCACAGAUAGUUCCGCCGUUGAAGAUGGCAAAAGGGCGUUUGUUAUUAGUAAUAUUCGUGAUACUGCUGAGUUACCUGUUAAUGUAAAAAUUAAAGUUGAACCCGACAUUUACACAUAUUCUGAAGAAAAUGAUAAUGGUGUUGUUGACUGUAGUGCGCAGAUGAUACUAGGCGAAGAUGAUGUGCAAGUAAAAGCGGAACCCGAAGAUGAUGUUUUUAGUGCCUCAAAUUAUUCAGGCAUGUCCGAAUCUCUUUCCCAGCCAACUAAAUAUAUCCAAUAUGGUCAGGAGCUGCCACCUACCAUAGUGAAUGAUUUUCACUUUGUUCACGAAGACAAGGAUAUAAUAACUAUAAGCGCAUCUGAGUUGUCACCACAAAAUGAAAAGUUGGCAUUUAAGCAAUCAUUAGAAACUGUUACUAAGCAAAAUCAAAGUUUUGUUCGAAAACCCAGAAAUUUUAUUAUAUGUAACCUUUGUAUGAAGCGGUGCUUUCAAGAUGUGCAUUACACGCAUCACAUGGAACAGCAUAAAAAAAACCGUAUUUUUUGCUUAAGAAAAACUUGUGACACUUGGUUCAACUCUUUGGAGGAUUGUGAAAGUCAUGAAUACGAAGUGCAUGAUAUUCAUGAAUUGAAAUGCAAUGUUUGCAAUCAUAAAUUUCAAAGUUUCGAACAACUUCGUCUACAUAAGACUAAAAUGCACAGUAAACUGCAACGUUUUGUUUGUUCAUUGUGCCAUGAUUGGUUUAUUAGUAUGGCCGAGAUGCACGAGCAUUGGGCAUCAUUACCUUAUGCAUGUGGCCGUCUUUCAAUCGUACAAACUAAAACGCCAAUGGAAAUACUGGAGCUGCUGAAAGAAAAAACACAAAAGAAAACACUGAAUUCAUAUAAAAUUAAAAGUGCUUCCAACGCUGUUCCGCCCGGUUUGAAAUUGAAACCAACUUUGCCCAACAAUAAUGCCCAACAAAAUUCUAAAAAGCCAGCUACCGCAAUUGAAAUUAAGCAAGAACCUAUAGACUACGAGACUAUUCUACCCGAUUUCCCAGUGAAGGUUAAUAACACAACAUCAGUGGAUAACUAUGAAGUAGUAAAAAAAAAUAGACCUCCAUUGGGCAAAACUGGUUUGUUUCCGCCACAUUUAAAAUUACGCUUACGAAAACUACCGCUGUCUACCACACCAUCAACUGAAAGUAAAGAAGCAGCUUUAGAAACACAACAACAAGUAAAAUCCGAUACCUUGGGUCAUCUGCUCGCCGAGCGCAUCACCUCGAAAUUCUCAUUGAAAAGUGUGCCAAAGAUGUUUCACCUAGCAAACAAAGCAAACGAAACCAAAGAUCAAAGCAAUGCACCCACAACAUUUGCCCAAUCUCUAUUGAAAAAUAAUUUAAAUACUACCCAUGCCGUAACAGUUUCUACACAGAAUGAACCGCCAAAAAAAAUUUUAAAAUUGCCCUCGAACUUUAAAAUUGUUAGAAUGUUGCCAACUGCGCAACCAGUACCAGUUCAGAUGGUGAAUUCUGGCACGCCAAUCAAUGCAUUAGCAAACAGCACACACUCUAAUGCGGCCAACACUCUAUUGGGACAGCCAGGAAAUACAGCAAUACAACAAAAUGGGGUUUCCAGUCGACAAUUUGCAUUGAAGGAAGUUGAAGUGCCAUCCCUGGAUAAAACGGUAGCUGCUGCUAAGCUCGAAUCUGUUACAAAAAACAAUACAGAAUUGAGCUUAACGGAAUUAUUAAAUGAGGUUAUAGUACGUGAGAGCUCGAUAACCGAUGACGAAGUGGAGAAACAAGAAAGGGUCGAAAUAAAAGUUGAGCAAAUAAAAACCGAAUUAGAUGAGGAUUUGGUAGAGCAACAAUAUGACGAUUCACUGGGUGCUGGCAAUUUCAGUGACAAUUCAAUGGGAAGUAGCAGCAAUGCGACAAUACAAAAUACAAUUUUCGAAGACAGCAGCGCAGAGUUUUCACGAACACCACGCUCGCCUCAAAUAACCAGAAGCAAAUCCAAGCGUGUGCCUGAUGGUUACAUCUGUCCUAAAUGUGGGCGUCGCUAUACAACGCAUUCUAUGAUCGCAAAGCAUCUGCGUAAUAAUUGUGGUCGCAACCCACAGCACCAAUGUGAUGUGUGCCACAAGUGUUUCUUCUCAACCAGCACACUAAAUUGCCAUCGCACCAUCCACACCGGAGUUUUGCCACACAAGUGCAACUACUGUGAUAAACGUUUUCGCACACGCGGCCAAGUCACCGUGCACCAUCGUACGCACACCGGUGAACGUCCAUUUGUUUGUGAGAUAUGCUCGCAAUGCUUUACACAUCGUGAAACGCUCAUUUCGCAUUUGUCACGUCACAUUGGCAUGAAACGUUACAAAUGUUAUGGAUGUAACAAACAAUUUUCCUGUAUUAGUGGGUUAAGUAUGCAUCGUGCAACACGUCCGGACACUUGUGGCCAAUAUGAGCUGAAUACUCGUGCAGUUGGCCCGCGUGUUCGCGUCAUCCGUGGGCGAGUGGUAUUCGAACCGCAGCCUACAGAUGUAAUAGAUGGGGGGGUUGACGACGGCAGUGGUAUGAAUAAUGGUGGAAACUCACCGAUAACAGAGGUAUUGACGGAAAUACAAAAUAAAUAACGAAUGCUUUUAUAUUGUUUUUAAAUUGUUACCAAGUUAUUUACUUAAAAUUUAAUAAGUAGAAGAAGUGGAAGAGCUAAAUUGUGUUAAUAUUCUGAAAUUUGCAUAUGAUGAUUACGUACUGAAGGGCCGUUAAUGCUACACUGCAUAUGGUAUAUAAUGUCUCUAUAUACUUAAAUAUUUUUGUUUGGAAUUUUAGCCAGUAGGUUAUUGUAUAUUACUCAAACUAUAGAAUAAAUAGAAUUGCGUGCUUUUUGUAUACACAUACUUGCAUAAUUAUAUAUAUAUAUACCUACAUACAUAUAUGCAUAGUGGAUAAUAAAUAUUUUUCUAAAAUA